AAUGAUUAAUUUUAUCCACAUUCUUCCGUUUCUCCUUCCCAAUUUCCAUCCACAUAAUCUUUGGCAUACACCAUUGAUGAUCUUCAUUCUUCAUCUUCAUCACUCAAUCGCUGCGUUUCCCUUCAGCAAACCAUAACAUAAAUCCCCAUGGCCUAACUCAACUCUUUUCCUUCCACUUCCAUUUCAAUGGUGGCCACUUUCUCAACUCGAGCUCAACCUUUCAAAUCAACUCCAAUAGCUGCAACUCUCUAUCGUUCACCCUCUCACCCAGCUUCACCUUCCUAUUUAUCUUUCUUCAAGAGUUCGUUCUUUAGAGGUCAGUUUUGUAGCCGGCACUUUCUUCGCUUCAAUUCAAGUUGUACUCGGAUACGUCAUUUAGGGAAUGUGGUAUCACCCAGUUGUGUUCUUCCAUUGACUGAGGAAAAUGUGGAGAAAGUUUUGGAUGAAGUAAGGCCAGGGUUGAUGGCUGAUGGAGGGAAUGUUGCUUUGCAUGAGAUAGAUGGGCUUGUUGUGAUAUUGAAGCUUCAAGGAGCAUGUGGUUCUUGUCCAAGCUCAACAAUGACGCUCAAAAUGGGAAUUGAGACAAGACUUAGAGACAAAAUUCCUGAAAUUUUGGAAGUUGAGCAGAUCAUGGACACUGAAACAGGACUUGAACUCAACGAGGAAAAUGUUGAAAAGAAUGAAACAUAUCAGGUACUUUCAGAAAUUAGACCAUACUUAGCAGGAACAGGAGGUGGAAUCUUGGAAGUUAUUGAGAUAAAAGAUUAUGUGGUUAAGGUGCGGCUGAGCGGACCUGCAGCAGGGGUUAUGACAGUUCGAGUUGCUCUCACACAGAAGUUGAGAGAGAAAAUACCAGCCAUUGCAGCAGUACAGCUUAUAGAGUAGAAUCAGCUUUGAUUCGUAGAUGCUGAGUUUAAACUUGUAACUUCUUCUCCACUUUCUUUUACUUCAUAAUCUUUUUUACAAUUUUAAUGAGAUUGUUGUUAUGGUAAGUAAAUGUUAAUAUAUAUGAAGAGUUCUGUUUUGUUGGGAUUC